AAUGUGGGGGCCAAACCUGGUGCUGUCUGCCUGCCGCGUGCCCCAUUAUUUAUCCCUGUGAAACACUGCGGAAUGAUUUGAAAGGGAAGAGGGGACAGAAACUCUCUCCUUCUUCAAGUUAGCGCUAGAAUCUAGGGAUCGAAAUACUGGUUUAAUGGUGCAGAUGCGACAGCGAGGCCCGGAGGGACACUAAUGGACACUGCGGACGAUGGUCAUUUUCCAAGGACACCAUAAAAGCCUGCCGUGGUAAGACAGAUUCGGGGAAGAGGGAAACUCCACCACAAAGUGUGGUCCCAUUUCCCGGAGCAGCUAAAUGGAGGAGAAGUCUCCCAGCAGGAAAGGCGCAGACUUCUGUUCCUUACGCUAUGGGCUGGCUCUCAUCAUGCACUUCUCCAACUUCACCAUGAUAACCCAGCGAGUGAGUCUGAGCAUCGCGAUCAUCGCCAUGGUGAACAGCACCCAGUGGUCCAGUCCAUCCAAUGCUUCCUUCGAAGACCCUCUUGCUGACACCCUCAGCAACCCCAGCAGGCCCAUCAAGGAAUUGAAUGCAAGGGCCUCCGUAUACCAAUGGAGCCCAGAGACUCAGGGUAUCAUCUUUAGCUCCAUCAACUAUGGGAUAAUACUGACCCUGAUCCCCAGUGGAUACUUAGCAGGAAUAUUUGGAGCAAAGCAGAUGCUUGGUGCUGGCUUGCUGAUCUCAUCCCUCCUCACCCUCUUUACACCAUUGGCUGCUGACUUCGGAGUGAUUUUGGUCAUCAUCCUUCGGACGUUCCAGGGCAUGGCCCAGGGAAUGGCAUGGACAGGUCAAUUUACAAUUUGGGCAAAAUGGGCACCUCCACUGGAAAGAAGCAAACUCACCAGCAUUGCGGGGUCAGGGGCAGCGUUUGGGUCCUUCUUCAUCCUCUGUGUGGGGGGACUGAUCUCACAGGCCUUGGGCUGGCCUUUUAUUUUCUACAUCUUUGGUAGCAUUGGCUGUGUCUGCUGUCUCCUGUGGUUCACAGUGAUUUAUGAUGACCCCUCGCAUCACCCCUGCAUAAGUGCCAGGGAAAAGGAAUACAUCAUGUCCUCACUGGCUCACCAGUCCAGUUCUCCUAGACGAUCUGUCCCCAUAAAGGCUAUGGUCAGAUGCCUACCACUCUGGGCCAUUUUCACUGGGUUUUUCAGCCAUUUCUGGUUGUGCACCAUAAUCAUAACAUACCUCCCAACGUACAUCAGCACUGUUCUCCACGUGAACAUCAGAGAUAGUGGGGUUUUGUCCUCCCUGCCUUUUAUUGCCGCUUCAAGCUGUACAAUUUUAGGCGGUCAGUUGGCAGACUUCCUUCUGUCCAGGAGUCUUCUCAGAUUAAUCACUGUGCGCAAACUCUUUUCAUCCCUAGGGCUCCUGCUUCCAUCGCUAUGUGCCGUGGCUCUACCCUUCGUGGCUUCCAGUUAUGUGGCAACUAUUAUUUUGCUCAUACUGAUUCCUGGGACAAGCAACCUGUGUGACUCGGGUUUUAUCAUCAACACCUUAGAUGUUGCUCCCAGAUAUGCAAGUUUCCUCAUGGGAAUCUCCAGGGGAUUCGGCCUCAUCGCAGGCAUCGUCUCUUCCACGGCCACGGGAUUCCUCAUCAGUCAGGAUUCUGAGACUGGCUGGAGGAAUGUGUUUUUCCUGUCUGCUGCUGUCAACAUGUUGGGCCUGGUCUUUUACCUCACAUUUGGACAAGCUGAAAUCCAGGACUGGGCUAAGGAGCGGACCCUCACCCGCCUCUGAGGAUGCAGAGUUGCCGACUUCAAUGUAGAACUGACCGUUCCCGCCUCAAAGUUUUUACUUCCUGCUGUGUUUUCAUGUUCCUGACCAGAGACAGCAGUCCUCAGCUCUUGCUUGAGCGUUAAAUUUUCCAGGGAGCCUCUGAAAUACACUGGUGCCUGGGCUCUUGUUUUGAGGUGAAGUCUGUAUGCUGCUCAUUGUCAGGGUCUUCAAGAAGUUCCACACUGCAGGCAAAGUUGGCAACUGCCAGACAAAUUGAAAAAGUCAAUCCCAAUUGCCUUUGCGCUUCCCUGUUUGGAAACUACUAGAUGAAUAAAUCUCUGUGUGAAAAUAAUCACUAAUAAGUACCUUCAUGGGGGCGGUUAUGGACACGAAGAAGAUCCGCUGAGAUUUAUAGCCAUAUGUUACAGAGCUCAGAACAGAACCGAAUUUUAAAGCUGUAAUCCACAGAAUUAACAUCUAUUUUUUUUAUACAUUGUAAAAGCUGGAUGUUUAUUUAUGUGAUUAAAUCUAUUAAAAUUCACAUGCUAAAAUUAAA